AUGAAGAGAAAGGCUGAAGCUCAAGAGAACGGUAACAAGCAACUUGACUUGGAAGAGGACAAAGUUAAAGGUCUUUUCAACCAAAAGCUAUGGACUCCAGAGUUCAGAGAAGGUUUGAAGAACCAGAUUGACUCCUCAGCUCCUUAUAACUGGGGUAACAUCAGUGGUUUGGUUAACGAUGAUCUGUUGCGUGCUGUGCGUAAGGAAAUUGAAACUGAAAUCCACUUCACCAAGAAGGAAACUGAUAUUUACAAAGUCAACCAAAGUGGUGACUUAGCUAACUUGUCAGGCCUAAACUGGGAUGACUUGUCCAGAUUGCCAAAUAUGUACAAGUUGCGUCAAAUUCUAUACUCGGAUGUCUACAGAGACUUGAUCGGUUACGUUACUGGUGCUGGUAAACUAUCCGGUUCCAAGAUGGAUAUGAGUGUCAACACUUACACUAAGGGUUGUCACUUGUUGACUCACGACGAUGUCAUCGGUUCCAGACGUAUCAGUUUCAUCUUGUACUUGCCAGACCCAGACAGAAAGUGGAAGCCACAAUAUGGUGGUGGUUUGAGAUUGUUCUCAAGUAUCUUGCCAAACAUCCCAGAGACCGACCCAUGUGCUAAGUUCGUUCCUCAAUUCAACGAGAUCGCUUUCUUCAAGGUCUUGCCUGGUUUCUCUUUCCACGAUGUUGAAGAAGUCAAGGUUGACAAGCACAGAUUGUCCAUUCAAGGUUGGUACCAUUUCCCACAACCAGGUGAGCCUGGUUACACUCCAGGUCAAGAGGAAGCAUGGGUUAAGAACAAUACCUCCACUUUGACUCAAUUGGAAACUAACGUCCUACAAGAUUUUGAAUAUCCAAAACAAGAGAGGGAUAUUCUACCAUACCAUCAAGUCAAGCACUUCGAGAAGGUAUUAUAUGCCGCUGAUGGUAAAAAGAUUGAUGAAGACGAAGUCAAGAGUGUCGUUCAAGAUACUGACAGCUUGUCUGAGAAGGAAUACAAGUACUUGUCUCAAUACAUCUCUGCAGAACACUUGACUAAGGAAGGUAUCAAGAAAUUACAAGAACAAUUCUUGGAAAACUCUACUUUACAAAUCAAGGACUUCUUGAAUGAAGAAGUUUCUGAGCUACUGAAGAAGAUGAUCAAGACCGAGGAAUUGGAAAAGGCUUGUCCAUAUAUGGCCAAGGAUGUCGAAACUCCAUGGCAAACAGCUAUGCCAUCCCACAAGUGGAGAUACAUGUACAUUGAUGGUAAGAACCCACGUAAGCUAUUGAAGGCCUCUGACAUCAUGGAAGCUUUGAACAACGAAGAACUACCAAACUUCGAGCUGCUAAGAGAAACCUUACCAAAGGACGGUUCUGUAGACGUUGAACUAAAAUUGAUUGACCUUGCUAUCUUCUAUAAGAGUACUAUUUUCAAGAAGUAUUUGGCUCUAUUAACUGCUCUUUGUCCAUUGAGUGAGCAAAUCCUAAUUAGAAGAUUCAGACCUGGUAAUGAUUUCACCUUGGCUACCCAAUGCCGUUUGAAUGAGUUCCUACAAGACGUCGAAGGUAUCCUACCAUCUAUCUUGGUAGGUAACCUAUGUUUGACUCCAAGCAGUGGCUGGGAAUCCGGUGAAGUUGGUGGUUAUGAACUAUACAUGAUGGAUGACGAAAACACAGAAGAAGAAGAAAGAAUGCACAAGGAUGUUGAAGAUGCCUCCGUCUACCGUACCGAUGACAAUGGUGAUUCUGUUCUUGUGAACAACCCACCAAGCUGGAAUACUUUCAACCUAGUUCUAAGAGACCAAUCUGUUCUAGAAUUUGUCAAGUACGUCAGUUGCGCUGCCAAGUCCAGCAGAUGGGAUGUUAAGAUGGAAUGGGAUGUCAAAUAUGUUGGUGAAGACAACGAAUAA